AUGUCGAGACGAGCCCCCAAUCCCGCCGCUGAGCGGGCAGCGCAGAACCAGGCCACCAUCAAGAGCCUCCUGAAGCUCGAACCCAACAAAGUCUGCGCCGAUUGCAAGCGGAACAAGCACCCCCGAUGGGCCAGCUGGAAUCUAGGCGUCUUCAUCUGCAUUCGCUGCUCCGGCAUCCACCGCGGCAUGGGCACCCACAUCAGCAGAGUCAAGUCCGUCGACCUGGACUCAUGGACCGACGAGCAGCUGCAGAGCGUGCUCAACUGGGGCAACGCCCGCGCCAACAAGUACUGGGAGGCCAAGCUGGCGCCCGGCCACACCCCCUCCGAGUCCAAGAUCGAGAACUUUAUCCGCACAAAAUACGAGCUGAAGCGAUGGACAAUGGACGGUCCCAUUCCCGACCCUGCGACCCUCGAUGCCCCCGACGACGACGACGUUCCCCUGAGCCUCGUCAAGGAGAAGCAGGUCGUGGAGAGGAACGAGUCCAUCAGGAAGGCGUCGAUAGGACAGGGCCAGGCACCGAGGCGGUCUCCUCUGCCGGCUCCUGCGGUGGGCGAUCUCAUCGGCGGCGAUGACCCCGUGCCGGUGCGGGCGACUAGCGGACCUCCCAUCGGCAGAGUCACGCCCAAGGCCGAACCCGCGCCUCCCAAGACGACUGGAACCAAGGACUCGCUGCUCGGGCUGGAUUUCUUUGGUGAAUCCAGUCAGCCGCCGCGGCCUGCGAGCACUCCAGGGGUUGCAUCGCCCGGUGGCCAGUCAAGGCCGGACCUGAAGCAGUCUAUCCUGUCGCUAUAUGCCUCUGCCCCUAAGCCGCAACCCCCGCAACAGUACCAGCAGCAGCACGGAUUCGGAGGCCCCGCCUCGCCGACCAUGAGCCACCACUCGCAGGGCUCCAUGGGUGGCUUCAACGACGCCUUCAGCAACUUGAACCUGGCGGCCGCCAAGCCAGCACCAGUCGAUCCUUUUGCCAACCUGGGCUCCACUGUGCGAACGUCGACGGCGACGGCCAAUGCGUUCGGCGGCCUGAGCGGAGGCAGCUUCUUCGACUCGAAGUCCGCGCAAUCUCACCAAUCGAAGCCGUCCAACUCCAGCUCCAGCUUCAGCGGGUUCGGAGCCUUCUCCACUCCAGUGUCCGCUGCUCCCGCCGCUGCCCCGGCCGCCGCCCCCAAGGCGUCAUCUGCCCUGGACGACCUCUUCGACUUUUCCGCGCCCACCCAGUCCAUGUCUCCGCCCGUCGCCCAGCCGAGCGCCCCAGUGUCGAGCUCCGUCUUCAACCUCUCGUCCCCCCAGAGCAAACCCGCUGCUCCAGCUGCUCCUGCGCCCGCCCAGAGCUCGACCGCGGCCGUCAUUGGCGGGGCCAACUUGUCGGGAGCUGAUGUCUGGGGAGGAAACGAGUGGAGCACCUCUUCGCAGUCGACGGCCGUUCCGCUCGCCCAAAAGAGCCCUUCGCUGCCAAAGCCGGCAUCGACGACUCUCGGAUGGGAAGGUGGUUCGUUCGCCAACACGCCCAUUGUGCCCGGAUCCAACGGCGGCUUCAGCCUGGCGCCCAAGGUUGCCGCCGAUGAGGAGUUUGGCGGCUGGGCGAGCAGCACCGGGCCGGCGACGAGCUCUGGGACGGCAGCCAAAGGAGGCUUUGGGGCCGAUGACGAUUUGUUCUCUAAUGUCUGGCAGUAAAAA